AUGAUUAUUUUAAUUGUAAUUUUUAAUAGUUUAAUUAACUUGUUUGAAAUUAAAUUUGAAAUAAAAAAUUAAUUAUGAUAAACUAUUAAAUAUAUAAAUGAUUAAUUUAUUUUAGCAGCCAUUUUUUAACAUCGAAAACAAUUAUUUAUAUUUCAUGAAAUUCAUACCUUGACUCAACAUUAUUAAACUGUGGCUUUUAUUUAUGAAAAAUGUGCUGAUAUCUAGAAAUAAAUAGAUGCACUUUCAUUAUAAUUAAAAUUAAAUGUUUAGAUUGAAAAUGAAGAAACAUAAUAACAAUCAAAGAUUAAUUAAUAGGAAAAGGAAAAUAAUUUAUAAGAAUAAAUCUUAGAGUAAAAUGAAAAUCUCACAAAUGAAAAAUAAGUAAUCAUUAAAAAUCAGAAGAAAAAAUAAUAGAAUAAGAUAACAUCCAAACAGUUUGGAAAAAAAACAGCAAAAAAUUAGCAAAAAUAAAAGGUUUAUAAGACUUGCCACCAUUGUGAUAAAUUGUUUGAAACUCUUAAACUUUAUUAAAGACAUCAAUAUUAAUUAUUGUAAAGAAAGAAAAUUAAUUAUAGGAAAUUUAUUAAAUAAUAAAAGAAUACUGUUUAAACUGAGGAAGACGAAAAAUAUGGAAAUUAAAGGAGUCAAAAACCCAAAAACAGAAUAGCAAAUAUUGAUUCAAUAGAAAUUUGUAUUUGA